AUCAUCAGCGAAGAAACCCUGAGGACGAUAUCGUUUUUCGUACGCGGAGUAAUCCGACCUCCUCUUUUGAUCGUCGGCCUUGUCACCAACGUCAUCAACAUCGCGGUGUUCUUGAGGCUCGGUCUCCGAGACGGGCUUUCCAUCUGUUUCUUCCUCCUCUCCCUCAUCGACCUCCUCUGCGUGAUGCUCAUGAUCCCGACCGACUGCUUCUACCUGUUCUCCGCGUACUUACCCGUGUCCUGGCGGACGGACGGCGCUUCGCUGAAUCUCAUCAUCGGCUAUUACUACGCCUUCGCGUACGACAUCUCCCAGGCCGUCACGACGUACAUCGCGGUGCAGAAGUGCUGCUGUGUGGCGUUGCCUUUUCGCUUCAAACACACGUUCACACGGUCCCGCACCGUUGUCGUCGUGUCGGCGCUGUCCGUAAUUUGUUUCGCGCUCUACCUGCCACUGCUCACCUCACAGGGUCUGCACGAGGCCGACGACCCAUUCAGAAACACCUCCGUGUUGGUGUUCUGGACGGCCCCGAACUGGAGUCAGGUCUACUCAGCCCGCAGCACGAUCGCCUUGGUCCUGACGACCGUGUGUCAGGUCACUGUGGCCGUGUGUCUGGUCGUCCUUGCGUCCAGCCUGCGCGCGUCUUCAAACUUCCGGAAGUCAGUUCACAAUGCCCCUUGGGAUUUGCUGCUCUCGGAAAUCAACAAAGCUAGCCCGGAAAAUUCUGACAUCCCCAGCAUUCCUUCCAAAUCUUCAAACGAGAUUCCUCUAGAAGAUUAUCCAAAACCACUUGACGGUACGCUCCAAAAUGAAAGAAGGGAGCACACUAGUGCCGUAAAAAGAGAUCCCAGGACCGUGGCAAUCCCCGUAAAGACCACGUCAAGGAAAGAGCUGCAGGCCGUCAAGUCAGCCACCCUCGUCUCCGUCAUUUUCGUGCUGUGCAACACACCCAAGCUUCUCAUCUUCUACGCCAUCUUGUGCGAGUCGGAGUUCAACAUCCUGCGUCGCUACAACAACACGUACCUGGCGGCCAUCACCGUCAGGUUUACCGUGGAAGCCUUCAGCGCCGCGUGCAACAUGUUCGUGUACCUCAAGUACAACAGACGGUACAGGGCUUUGUUAACGUCGUGUGCCAGAUAA